AUGCUGCGCCACGUGCUGUGCGUGCUGGCCCUCGCGCUGUGCUGCUGCACGUCUCUGUGCGUGGCUGCUGCUGCUGAGGUUUCUUCUGUGCCACCCGCAGGUGGUACGGGGUCUUCGGCGGAGAUAUCCACGCAGGAGGAGGGCGUGGCGGCGAGGACGAAGACUUUGGAGGCCGCGACCAAGACAGAGGCGGCAGCGAUUUCUGCGAAGGAGGCACUGGCGAGUGUGAAGGCCGCAGCGGAGGGAGCUAUGAAGGCCGCGGGGAACGUGGUGGAGGAGUGCAAGAAAGGAAGCACUAACAAUGCAGUGGAAUUGGUGCAUGCAUUGCAUAAAGCACUGAGGAAGAUACUGCGGCCUCCGAAGAAGGGUGAUGGGGAAAAUAAAAACCCGACUCUUGAAGAAAUUAGGAAUCCAGAAAGGUGGAAUCCGGUUAAAGAGGCAAAGGAGAAAGCUUCGCCUGCGACAUCGUCACUUAAAAACGCGGUAGAAAAAACAGCAGCGCCAGUGGAGAGUGCAGAUGCGCCAGUGCAGCAGGCAAGAGCAGCGGUGGAGAAAGCCAGCGAGGCCCUGAAGAACGCGGCAGGAGGAGCGACGGAGAUAUUGGGUGCCGUUCGUAAGAUUAAUGGCAUUACGGCGAAAGGAAGCACGGCGGCGGUGCAGUUACACACUGCUUUGAGCAAUAUUGCAGAAGUAAUGAAACGCAUUUUAGACUCUCUCGGCAUUGUAUUGAACCUUGCGGAGGAUACCUUGACGUUGGCAGACGGAAGGACUGCUCCAGGUAACACAGAUGCUGAAGACAAAAAGUUCGCAAACUUAACGAAGAGGGCGAAGAAUAUCUUGGAUGACUUUGAUGCACUAAUGUUCGAAGCCGAAAACGUCACGGAUGCCGCUGACGCCGCAUUAGCCGUGGCUGCUGCGGUGGUCACUGAGGUGACGGCUGGGGCGAAGGACGCUGCGGCUGCGGUGGAGGCGGCCACUGCGGCUAGGGCGGCGGCUCAGAACGCGUUGACGCAAGCGGAGGGUGCGCUGCGGCAGCUGAAGGAGAAGUGGGAUGACGGCGAUAAGGAAGGGGAGAAGGCAGUCACCACAACGCUGCAGCGGGAAAACGAGUAUGCUCCUGCUGUUGACGGCUCCCACGAGUCACACACUUCUCCGCCAGACGCCACGGACCCCGCACUUCUGGUGCCCACCGCUGCGGCUGCGCUCAACACCAACAACAACGCUGACGGUGGCAGCAGCACUGCAUGGGUGCGUGCCCCAAUACUGCUGCUGCUGGCCUGCGUGACUGUGUGGUAA